AUGACUACUACCGAUCAUGCCCCCGGUGCAACAACCAUCAUCACCGUAGUGACCGCCACCACGAUUGGGGGCAGCACAACGCCCACCGCAUGCCGGACUCACCGAAAUGAUUACAGUAACCGCUGUUGGUUACAACAGCGGUUCAACAGCAUCAUCCCCGGCCCAACAACAAGAAGCACCAGCGCCAUCAACACAGGCGCAACAACCGUAACAGCACCAGGCCUAAUCUCAACAGUCACCGCGACAGAGACCGAGACAGUCAUUGAAGUCAUCAACAGUCAAGUUGUAACUGACAUAGAAACAAUCACUAACACUGCGACGAUCAUUUCUACCGAGACGGCCACCGCCACUAUUACUUCCUAUCCGACGGACGGUAGUACUAAUUGCGGCGGCCGUGUUGGUGGUCUUGACUACGGGACUUGCUCGGACCCUACCAUCCGCUGA